AUGGUAAAAAUCACCAGAAUAAUUAUUGAAUUAGCAGUCACGGCGAUCAUCGUGGGGGUGAUGGUGCUUUCAUUUGUUUAUUUCACGGGCAGACUAAAACAAAAGACUUUUCCUACAGAAUAUUCGACAAACAAAAUAAUUGGUACGACGACCAUUGGUUCGACAACUACAGUUACUUCAACAAUAGUUCAGUCGACUUACUCAUCUGCAUUGGACAUUGCCAGCGCAAUUUAUAUUCGUCCUGAUGAUUUAUGGUUUGGAGGAUUUUACUAUUAUCAAGCCAUUGAAAUCAAUGUGAUAACUACAGGAAUGUAUUCUAUCUCAUCUACAAGUGAUACACUAGACACACAAGGUUUCCUCUACAAUGGUAGUUUUAACACUUCAUUUCCUGGUCAUAACUUGAUACUAUUCGAUGAUGAUUCUGGUGGUAACAAACAGUUUAUCCUAAUAGCUCAUCUUCAAAAAGCAACAAAAUAUAUACUAUUUAUUACCACUUAUCUGGAAAAUAAGAUAGGAGCUUUUACAAUUACUGCAUCCGGUCCGGCAAUAGUUACGUUUUCAGCAAUCAACCUAUCAAGUGCGGAAUCGGGAGUAGUAUCCAAUUAUUCGUCAUCUUUGACAACCUCGAGCCAAUCAUAUAAUCGACUAGAGCAGUCAUCAGAAUCAGUUAAUUAUUAUCAAGCUAUUGAAAUUAGUGUGUCAGUAACAGGGGUUUAUACCAUUGGCAUUGAUAGUUCUAUGGAUACAUACGGCUAUCUAUACAAUAACACUUUCGAUUCCGUAGAUCCAAAUAGAAAUCUUCUACUAUUCGAUGAUGACUCUGGAGGCAAUGGUCAAUUCAUGCUGAAAUAUGCUCUUCAAGCUACGCAAAAAUAUAUUCUGAUCGCAACAACAUAUGACGAAAAAAUAACAGGAGAAUUUUCAGUUACUAGCCUCGGUCCGAGCACAAUACUUUUUUCGUCAGUCAACUCAACGGUGAUUCGAUCAGAAUAUUCAUCAUAUUUAGCAAUGUACAGUGAGCACUUUACUCGGCCAUUUACAGAGGGACAAUAUAAAUAUUUUUAUACAAUUAUUGAAACGCAUGUGUCAAUGACGCGAACUUAUCGUAUUCGGUCGUCUGGUCUCGUGGACACAUUUGCUUAUUUAUAUCUUGGUACUUUCGAUCCAGCAUUACCGACACAAAAUCUUGUGUUCUUCGACAAUGAUAGCGGAGGCAAUCGCCAAUUUAUGCUCACUUGUUUGCUACAAACUAUAACAAAAUACCUCCUAGUAGUAACAACCGCAAAUCAACAGAACACCGGAUCAUUCUCAAUUAUUGGACUAGGCGAAGGACCCAUCAAUUUUGCUCCACUCAAUAUUUCGAAUAGUUCAGCAAAUGUCGAAUCAAUGUAUUCUUCAUCUUUAACAAAUGAUAGUCAUUUAUUUUGUCGUGAAAACACUUGCUCGGAAGCAACGUAUUAUUAUCAAGCUGUUGAACUAAAUAUAUCAAUAACUGGAACAUACAUUCUCUUCAGUUCUAGUGGAAUGGAUACAGUUGGAUAUCUAUACCAAGAUGUUUUCAAUGCUUCUUCUGUCCAAUCAAAUCUAAUCAACUUUAAUGAUGAUGGCAGCAUUUACAUUAAUCAAUUUAUGCUCCAAGUGGUUCUUGAAGCUAUGACAAAAUAUAUUUUGGUUGUUACAACAUAUAAUGAGUACGACACAGGAUCGUUUUCAAUCGUCGUUUUGGGUGAUGGUACUGUCGGCUUUGCCGAGGUUGAGGAGACAUAG